AUGCGUGUGUUUUCUCUCCUCGUCGCUAGCGGCCUCGCGCUUACCAACGCACUCAAGACUCCACUUGAAUACGAGCACGAGUUUUCGGCCUGGAUGAAGACCCACGCGAUCUCGUUCUCGGACGCGCUAGAAUUUGUUAAACGUCUGGAGAAUUAUAUCGUUAAUGACAUGUACAUCCUUGAACACAAUUUGGAGAAUGCUUGGACGGGUGUUAUUCUGGGCCACAAUCAGUUCUCGCACAUGUCGUUUGAUGAGUUCAAGUCCAAGAUGACGGGCCUCGUCCUGCCGGACGGAUACGUAGAGGAGCGACUGGCGUCGCGUGUCAAUGGUCUGUUCAACAACGUGAAGACUCCUGAAGCUGUGGACUGGGAAGACAAGGGUGGCGUGACGCCUGUCAAGAAUCAAGGCAUGUGUGGCUCGUGUUGGGCCUUUUCGACUACUGGAGCCGUCGAGGGAGCCGCGUUCGUGUCUAGUGGGAAACUACCGAGUUUGUCUGAGCAGGAGCUUGUAGACUGCGAUCAUAAUGGCGAUAUGGGCUGCAAUGGAGGCCUCAUGGACCAUGCUUUUGCAUGGAUUGAAGAUAAUGGAGGUAUCUGCAGUGAAGAGGACUAUGAUUACAAGGGCACUGCCCAGAUGUGUCACAAAUGCGACAGUGUUGUUAAGGUUACGGGUUUCCAAGACGUUAACUCGCACGAUGAACAAGCGCUGAAGGUGGCGGUAGCACAGCAACCUGUGUCAGUAGCUAUUGAAGCGGACCAGAAGGCUUUCCAGUUUUACAAGACGGGCGUGUUCAACUUGACGUGCGGCACAAGCUUGGACCAUGGAGUCCUGGCUGUAGGAUAUGGUACUGAAAAUGGACAGAAGUUUUGGAAGGUAAAGAACUCGUGGGGACCGUCAUGGGGCGAGAAGGGAUACAUUCGUCUUGCUCGUGAAGGGAACGGACCUGCUGGACAGUGCGGUAUUGCUUCCGUGCCUAGCUACCCGUUCGCGACGCUGAUUUCACAGGACGAGAAGAAGAUUGAGGAGGCCGUGGAGCCACGAUUCGUCUCCGCUGAUAAUCGUGUGGACUCGUUCCCAGCUGAAAAGGCACGUAAAUCCAGUCCUAUGAACCUUGCUGAUUUGUUCUCGUCGGCCAAGAUUACACAGUGCGGCGAUAAAAGUAGCGCGAUCAUUGACUUUGCUCACCUGGAAGUGACUCCCACCUCUCCUCAGCGUGGCCAGCCGGUUUCAUUCUUUGGUAAUGGUAACGCGAAGCAGGACGUCGUGUCGGCGAACUUCAAGCUCGGCGUCAAGCUGGCUGGUAUGCAGGUGUUUGGACACACUGGUAAGAUGUGCGGCGAUUCGCACAUCCCUCUUCCUCUUGGUCUGGGCCACAUUGACGUGCACGGCUUCGCUUGCCCCGUGACGAAAGGCAAGCUUACAGACUUGAAGGUGGAUGUGAACCUCCCCAUCAUUUCGCCUGCCGGCAAUUACGAGAUCAUGCUGACGAGUGAUGAUGAGAGCAACACCCCGCUGUUUUGCGUGAACGUUGAGCUUGAUCUGACAGGUGCAGACGAAGCCGCGGUGAAGAAGAGCCGCGUGUACGAGCCCCUGUUCAUGUGA